AUGCGCCCAGGAGACCCCCGUAUUCGCCAGACUAUCAACCAGAUCUCGCAGAACCUCGAAUCCGCCAACGAGUCCGCACAGGAAGGGAUAUAUGCCUUUGCCCACCACUACAUCGAACCGUGCUUUUUGAGCGUCCAGGAGUGCUUUACUUCUUGUACUGCUCCCUGUUUCCCCAGCCGGGACGACCAGCUGCGUCGACGGCGACGAGAACGCUCCAAUGGUCGCGCGGAGUUUACCUUUGGAUUCUACGAUGAUUGGGACUACGAUGAGGAUGCGCGCGAAGAUGGGCUGCUAGGCUGGAGGCAUGAUGAGCUUGACAGACUGCUAGCUGGCAGCAGCUCUGCGCGCACGUCUAAUGACCAGCCACGCAUGAACAGGCGAAUGAGUUACGGUGCCCGGCGGAGGGGAUCCAUCUUACCCAGCGACGAGCGCCAGGACCCAACAGUCAUCCCGAGCUCGUCUAUACUUGGUUUCUUAGAACGGUUUCCGUGGAGAAUAGGCGCCAGAGGCAUUCGGUAUCGUCCAUCUGCUGCUAAUUUACAAGACAACCCUGGUGGCCUGAAGCGUGAUGUGCCGGAACAAGCACCAUUACUGGAAGCCAGCGAUGAAAGUGAUCAUUCUGGAGACAAUAAUAAGGACGGCGGUCACAACUACAAAGCAGAAACGUCUCCGAGGAAGCGCCGCGGUACUCAGUCGUCUCAUGAAACCAGCAAUUCUCUCAGCUCCCGUGGCGACCUCAUUCAUAGUGACGAAGAGGAGGAUGCCGUUCCUCUAGAUGAUGAGAUCAAUAUAAUGACUCUCAGUCGCCACAGACCCAGCCUGGGUGGCGGUGAUGAGUCUAUCUUUUCAAUUCCGCACUCUAUCACUACAUCGACAAAAGAGACAGCUUCAUCUCGAGCCUCACGCACAAGUAAAGGGAAAGGCAAACGAAGAAAAAGAGACAGAGAUUUGAAGCGGCGCCGUACCAUGUCGAAAUCAUCGCACUCAACUUCCGAACUAGAUACCAGUAUUGUGAUUGAACCGACAGUGGAAGGAGCCUCGUUAGAUGACUUGAAGAGAGAGGAAGAGGAAGCUCGACUAGAGGAAGAAACGGCGAUAGAGAAAAGCCGGCUGGCUGCAAGGGAACUUGCUAGACAGAAAGGGCUGAAAUUAGCCGAUUCCGCUCUAGAGGUGAAUUUUCCUACUGCAUGUCGACAACACGUUAAUGGACACUGUACUAACAUCCAUCUAGCGCUUUUCAAGUAA